GUGCUGCCCGCUAUUGAAGUUGAAUAAACAUUUUGGUUACGGAAGUCGUUAGAAAAUUUAACUACCAACCAUUGUUAAAAUAAUAUUUCAGUUUCAGUUUGUGUAGUGAUUUCAUAUCUGGCGGGAAAAAAGAUUCUAAGCCAAUGCAACCAUAAAUAAGCUGUCACAAAGAGAGAAAGAAAAUGGAAACGAUUUGGUGCUCAGUUCUGAUGUUUUUAUUGUUAAUUAUACGAAAAAAUGGUUUGUGUCAGAACUUUGCUGAGAGCGUCAACACUAGAUACGAUGUCGAGUCGAAUGAACCGCAGUUUAUAACGAAGGGUCAUUUAUAUCGGGCAGUUGUAGGCGAUACUAUCGUUCUACCAUGUAAAGUAAAAAAUCUUGGUUCAUAUAUUUUGCUUUGGCGACGCAGCGCAGCUGUUCUGACGGCAGCAAAUUUUAUGGUCACAAGAGACGUACGUUUGACAAUGGUUGAUGGCUUCAACUUGCAAAUAUCGAGUGUUAAAAUAUCGGAUGCGGGAGACUAUGUUUGCCAAAUUGGUGGUCAGGAACCUAAAGACCAGAUUCAUACAUUAGAAAUUCUCGUGCCUCCGACAAUUCGCACGAUACCGGAUCAUGGACUUGUGUCUGCAAAACAAGGGAGUACAGUUCAUCUCGAAUGUAAAACAUCAGGAAAUCCCGUGCCGAUGAUUCAUUGGUUCAGAAAGCACUCAUCAAUGCCGCUUGGGGAAGGUGCAUUGUUAACAUUAGAGCAAGUGGGUCGACAACAUGCUGGAACGUAUCAAUGCAAGGCGGAAAAUGGAGUUCGAGAUGCAGUUUAUGGAGAAAUCAUAUUAAAAGUCCUAUCACCACCGGACAUUACUGUUGAAAAGGCUUGGGUUCAUGCUGCUGAAGGAUGUGACGUUGAACUCAUUUGUACAUUGCACAGUGAUGCAAAUUCUGAUUUAAUAUGGUAUCAAAACUCAUUUAUGUUGGAGCCGACAGAUCGUCGAUCAAUUUUCACAAAAGGCAACAAAAACUUUUUGAGAAUCCAACAUUUCAACAAGAACGAUUUCGGCAACUACAGUUGUGUGGCUGACAAUUCCCUAGGCCGCACAAAGAAGUACAUUGAAGUGUCGGGACGUCCAGGGCCAACAGUCUUCUUGUCAACACAGUACAGCAAUCAUUUGGAUCGCUACAACUUAACUUUCAAAAUUGAAUCACUUUCGGAACUUGAUGAAAUAAAGCUGUUGUAUCGAAAAUUGAUGAUGAACGAAACUUAUCAGAAACCGGGGAAAUGGGACGAACUGAUUCUCUAUCCAUCAGUAUUGCGCUAUGAUUCACGCCACUUUGUCAUGUCAUAUAUCAUUAGGCAGUUAGAGCAUAAUUCCGUUUAUGAGGUGAUGGUUCAAGCGAAGAAUCGCUACGGGUGGAAUGAGGUCAGCGAUAUUCAUCAGUUCCACACUAGAAAUUACGGAUAUCGAUUUGAAGACAACGAUUUAGGCAUAAGCUCGAUAUCACUCUCAAGUAAAGCAAUCAAUAUUGAACCCUUAACGUCUAGACAUUUUCUACUCAUUUUUGGAAUUCUUCUUCAUGUGAUAAUAAAAGCUUAGAUUCUUUUUCAAUGUGCUUUUAGUGAAAAUUUUGUGUAAUAAAUGAUAUCAGAAAAACUU